AUGAAAAUCCUGACACUCUUUAUACUAGCUGUUACCGCGCUUGCGGACAUUGCUCCCCCACCAAGCCAAUUCUAUCCCCUCAACAGAAAGGGCGAGAUCCCUCAGAUUCAGCCGUAUACGUAUGGACAAGACGUUUUUAUCGAUUGCAUAACGAGAAACAUCGAUAACGGUGAACAUAAGUUCGACUCUAAUGACCGUAUCGUUUACGGAGCGUUCCCAGUAUGCAAGGAGACUGGUCAGCCUCUCUCCUUCCACUACGGCGUUUCAGAGGAUAUUAAUUGUACAAUUACAUUCACGGAUGAGCUCUACCAUCUUUUCCAGUUGUACAUUCAUGAGGAUUCGCCAUUCAGCUGCCGUAUCCCUCUCAGCACAGAGGCAAACUACUUGGAGCUGGGAGGUGCUUUCAUUCCAUUGACUUUCAACUUCAGAGGCGAAAUCCACGAUGCUCAUCUUGAUAUUGAUCAGCAUAUGAAUUUGAUCAUCAUGAAACCACCAAAUAACAAAGCUGAGAAACAAACUGUCAUCUCAGCCGUAGCCUGGUCGUCGGGUACGAAUGCGACUCGUGUGAUAAUAGGCGAGGAAAUGACAUUAGAGCUUGCCGUUCGUUGGCUAGACAACAUCAAGCCAUCAGGUAGUCUUACAAAAGGUCUCAAUAGCCUUCCUUUCGAUGAUGGGUUCUACAAGCUUCAUAUGAGCUCCGUUCCAAUCUCUACGAAAACGUUGAUCUUCCUUUUGAUUGUUGUUGCUCUCGUGGCUUCGAGUGUAUCGUGUGGUGGCUAUUCAAUGAAGUACAAGAAGCGUGGUUAUGGUCCAGUUGACCAUGAGUCUAGUAUUGCCAAGCAAGACUAA